CGGAAGUGCUGCAGCUCCAGAAAAGUGGUAUAGCGAACUUGAAUAAUCUUAAAUGGUCUGGUGGCUUUUCUUCUAAAUGGUCAGGAUGACGCAGAAGCAUUUCCUUGAGGGGCAGGUGUACUCUGUCCCUCUGAUCCAGCAGGAUUUGAGGAGAGAGGAGGCAAUGUGUCAGAUCGCUGACACUCUUCAGUAUCUGGAGAACAUCUCUACUGAUAUAUUUACCAGGGUGUCACAGAGUGUUGAGAGGAAUCGUGUUCACCUGCAGACCGUUACAGAUCGGAUUAAACUGGCCCAGGCCAGAGUUCAGAAGAUCAAAGGCAGCAAGAAAGCUACCAAGGUGUUCUCCAGUGCUAAGUAUCCAGCCCCAGACAGACUGCAGGAUUACUCUUCUCUUUUUACUGGAACCAUUGACACUGCCCCCAAAGCACGUCCUCGCUGCAAAAUACAGAGCAGACUCCGCCCACUGGAUGAGCACGCCCUGCAGGAGAAGGUGUUGUAUCUCCCUGUGUGUGUAAAUGCCAAGCGUAGAUCUGAAGAUGAGACAGAGGAAGGAUUGGGCAGUCUGCCUCGAAAUAUCAACUCCGUCAGUUCACUCCUACUGUUCAACACUACAGAGAACCUGUAUAAAAAAUAUGUCUUUCUGGACCCCUUGGCUGGAGCGGUGACUAAAACACACACCACGCUGGAGACCGAGAAAGAGGAGAAACCGUUUGACGCUCCGCUGUCCAUCACGAAGAGAGAGCAGCUGGAGAGACAGACAGCGGAGAGUUAUUUCUAUGUUCCAGACCUCGGGCAGGUUCCAGAGAUUGACGUUCCGUCGUACCUGCCCGACCUCCCGGGCAUCGCUGAUGACCUGACGUACAGCGCCGACCUGGGUCCGGGUUUCGCUCCCUCCGGUGCCACCAGCGUCAGCAUGCCAGAGCUACCCUCCUUUAGUACUGAGCCCGAUGACCAGAACAUGCUCGGCUCCCAAUUAAGAUCUGAAGCCCUUCCCCCUCCCCCUCCCCCACCCCCUCCUCCCCCUCCAGAGCCCACCCCCACAGCCCAUCCAGCCCCGCCCCCUCCCCCGCCUCCUCCCCCUCCUCCUGCCCCGGACAGCGCGGCGAGCGGUGACACGCCUGACCACACCCCCUCCACAGGUGUGAAGGGUGCGCCCACUGAGGUGCUGCAGCCGUCUGACGGUAGAGCCAGUCUCCUGGAAUCUAUCCGGAAUGCUGGCGGAAUUGGAAAAGCCAAACUACGAAAUGUGAAGGAGCGCAAAUUAGAGAAAAAGAAACAGAAAGAACAGGAACAAGUGGGGGCAGCGGCCAGUGGAGGGGACUUCAUGUCAGAUCUGUUUAAUAAGUUAGCCAUGAGGAGAAAAGGUAUCUCAGGUAAAGGCCCGGGCGGAGGAGACUCGACAGACACGCCCAGCGGAUCGGCCGGCGCGUUUGCCAGGAUGUCGGAUGUGAUCCCCCCCCUUCCUGCCCCACAGCAGCCAAUCACAGAGGACGAGGAUGACUGGGAGGCGUAACCACGGCGAGGGUGUGGCCCUGGCCCUCUGUGAUUGGCUGUGGUGGUGUUUUAUGAAAUAAGGACGGACUUAACUUGCUUAAUGACCAGUGAGAGAGAGAAAGCCUGAAAAGGAGUGAGAGAGUGCUUUCAAACACUAAUGCUUUCAGUGUUUCAGGAGCUCUGAGCAAAACAGAGGAAUAAAUUAAUACUUAUG